UCUAACAAAAGACCUGGGUGUCAGGAGCUCCUUUUUGACUCCCGAUUUCAAAGCGAGCCUGACUGACUACCCUAGUAACCCAACCCUCGGCGCUACUCUGCUAGUCUUGUGGCUAAAAGGAAGCCCCCCCAGCCCUCCCUGGAAAGCGGAGAUUUAACAACCAGCCUGUGCUGGGGGUAGGAAGGACCUGGAGAUCCAUCAAGUCCAGUCGUUCCUAAAGGGUGGUCCAGGGACCCCUGGAUUAAAUUCUAGUGCAUAGAUACAGAAAACAUAACCUACAAAAACUCUAGCGGCGGGGCCGGCAACGAUUUUAAAGAGAGAAAGGGGUCCUCGGGCCAAAAAGUUUGAGAACCGCAGAAUUAGUCCAAACUUACGGUGUCAGGGACGAGACUCGGAAAUACUCAGGGUCGCGCUACAGGCGUCUCCCUCCCUCCAGCCCCCUCCUCCAAAGGUGGAGAGUUCGGCCCCUGUGGAGCCGCAGGCUGAGAAAACUGCUUCCUGGGGAGCCUGUACAUACCUUCGGGGUUAAUGCUUUAUUUUAGAGGAGAAAGGGGGGGGUCGGUUUUGCUCUGGAAGGGAAUUUAGAACUUAGUCCUAAAGAGAACCCUCUGCUCUCCUAUUCCCCGCCUCCCCCGUGAGAGCUCUGGCGGGGAGGCAGCGCAGUUAAGUGUGUGAGUGUGUGUGUAUUCGAACACACACACGUGUGAGUCCCUCAUCCAAGGCUGCCCGCCCCCGGCUCCUAGGGCAGGAGGGGGUGUAUUCUCCUCCUCCCCGGGGACGCGACCGACCCCCCCAUCUCCGCCUUUGGGGAAGGGGAGGGGGCGGCCGCUGCGUGGAGCCCGGCCUGGAAAGGGUCAGAGCGGUCGGAGAAAGUUUCCACGUGGAGCCUUCCUCGGGGAGGGGAGGGAAAGAAGCGAGGACCGGGAGGGCGACUGGGGGUCCCGGGCAAAGGCUCCCGGGGCACAAUUCCUGAGGUGAUGUCUGGAAGCAGUUGCUGGAGGAACCUGGCUUCUUUUGGCUGGGGAGUCCCUUCCUUAGCGAGGCAGAAUGGGGGGCAAUGGCUCCGCCUUGAGGGUCUGCACAGAUCACAGAGGAGGCAUCAACUGGCUCAGCCUGAGCCCCGACGGUCGGCGGCUGCUGACAGGCAGCGAGGAUGGCACUGCUCGGCUCUGGAGCACUGAUGACAGCCAGUGUCGUGGACACUUCCAAGGACAUGAAAGCUAUAUCACUUUCUGCCAGUUGGAAAAUGAAGCUGCCUUCACCUGUAGUGCUGAUCACACCAUCCGAAAGUGGGACGUGGUGACUGGACAGUGUUUGGCUAUUUACCGAGGACAUACAUCAAUUGUAAACAGGAUCCUGGUUGCCAAAGACUACCUCUUCAGUGGCUCCUAUGACCGAACGGCCCGUUGCUGGAGUGUGGACAAGGAACGGCAAAUCCAGGAGUUUCGGGGUCACCGGAAUUGCGUCCUGACCUUAGCUCACUACUCCUCCAAGGACAUCCCAGAUGCCUCCUCAGAGCAGGGGGAGAAGGGCGGCGGGGACUUCCUGGUGACCGGCAGUACAGAUGGCACAGCCAAGGUUUGGUGGGUAUCCAGUGGCUGCUGCUAUCAGACCUUGAGAGGCCACACAGGAGCCGUCCUGUGCCUGGCUCUGGACGAACUCAACCAGGAGCUCUUCACCGGCAGCACUGACUCCACCAUUCGGACUUGGAACCUUGUGACUGGGGAACCCCUGAAGGUGUUUAAAGAGCAUCAGGGAUCUGUCAUCUGCCUGGAGUUGGUGAAUCGGCACCUGUACUCGGGAAGCGCAGACAGGACGGUCAAAUGCUGGCUGGCGGACACGGGGGAGAGCGUGCGCACGUUCCGGGCCCACAAGCACAGCGUCAGCGCCCUCAAGUACCACGCUGGCAUCCUGUUUACAGGCAGUGGGGAUGCCUGUGCCCGAGCAUUCAAUACUGAGUCUGGUGUCCUACAAAGGGUAUUCCGGGGCCAUACCUUCAUCAUCAACUGCAUCCAGGUCCACAAUGAGGUGCUCUACACAGCCUCCCAUGAUGGUACACUGAGGAUCUGGGACAUUCAUGGAAUCUGCAAGCAAAGUUUGCGUAGGCGCCCCAAAAGGGAGGUGCCAGCCCAGCACCGCAGCACCCCAAAAAGGAGCCUCUCCCAGCUCUUCAAUAACAAAGUUGGUUGCACUGUGACUCCACCCCAGGGUGGGGAAUGUGAGACCAUUGAGUUGUUGUGACCAUGGAGUACAGAAGGGAUCUUGGCCAUUGGCCGUCAUAAUCAAGCUGUCCUCAGUCACUCAGCAGAAGGGAAGACUAUAAAGUCCCAAGCGUGAAGAGUUCUGAAGCUGCUCACAGUGAAUGUCUGAAAAUCCAUUUCCUUGACGAGUUCAGGAAAUUGAAUGCUUGGUGGCCAUGCUUCAUGUGGGUCAGGAUGGUGCAGAAGCCCAAACUCCUUGAUUCAUAUUCCUCUGGGACUGACAAAAGGAGUCUGUAGGAGUACAUGGCUUCCCUUUGUAUGUAUAUCAUAGAACUUUAAUUUUAAACUAUUUUUAAAAAUUCCUCUCUGCAACCAACUGCUGCCCAGCACUAGAGCCCUGUUCUCAAGGAAAGAAGAAAUGAAGAGAAAAGCAAGAUUUCUGCCUUUAUUACAUUAUCUGGCAUGAGAGAAGUUGACAACGGUUACACUUUUGCUUUGGGAAUUUUCUGUCUCCCAUUCUUUCUUCUCCUGAUUCUUCCUCCAUUCUCUCCACAUAUUUUCUCCAACUCCUCUCCUUUUCCCCUUUUUUCACUGUCUCAUUUCUCCCUCCCAACCCCAUUAUCACUAUCAGUUUUUCACUUUUUUCCCCUUAAUUUUUCUUAUCUGUUUCUCCCUCUCCAUUCUCUCACCUUCUCCUAACACACAUUACCUUUCACUGUUGAUAAUUAAGUUAAAGACUGAAGACAAUAUAAGACUAAGCCUUUCUUGUGGGCAAGACUGGCCACUUUUCCAUAGGCAUUUUAACUUGGGAAAACUCCAGCUUCUCUUCCUGUCAUGGAUCAAUAAACUGAUCUCUUAUUCUCCUGCUUGGGAAAAGAGAUGAGACAUCAAUGCCUCCACUCCCUGAAUUCCCAAGUGAAGUCAGUCAGAAUUUUAGCUCCUGAGCUUGAUGAGUAAAGAGUGGGGACAUUAUUUAAAAAAAAAAAUUUUUUUUUAAAAACAGUCAUUGAGCCUUGGAUACAUUAUGUGAUCACUGUGAUUUUUUCAUUUUGGUCAGUUUUCUAUGAAGAAACUUGAUAGAAAUUUGGAAUAUAUGUUAUUUGCUAACCAUA